GAGCGAAAGGGGCGUCGGCGGCGCCGCUGCCAUGGCCGGUUGUUGUCAGUGCCUGGCAGCGGGUUAUGGCGACGGCGGUGAAUGAAUUCUCCGGGCGGCAGAGGGAAAAAGAAGGGCUCAGCCGGCUCCAGCUCCGCGCCCCCGGCCGCCGGGGCCUCGCCCUCCUCGCCGCCCGGGCCGGCCCCCAGCGUUGCGCCGGCGGGGGCGGCGGCGUCCCCCCACAAGCGGAACCUGUACUACUUCUCGUACCCGCUCUUCGCCGCCUUCGCCCUGCUGCGCUUCGUCGCCUUCCAGCUCGGCCUGCUCUUCGCCUGGCUCCGCGAGCGCCUCUCCCGCCGCGCCCUCAUGGCCACCAAGGGCGGCAGGGCCGGGGCCGACGACGCGCCCGAGCCCGGCGGGGCGCCCGAGACGGUGCGGGCCUGCCACAAGCGGGCCUUCGAGUGCAUCUCCCUGGCGCUGCGCAUCGACGAGGACGAGAGAGCAGGACAAAAGGAACAAGCUGUUGAAUGGUAUAAGAAAGGAAUUGAAGAACUGGAAAAAGGAAUAGCUGUCUUAGUAAUUGGUAAAGGUGAUCAGUGUGAACGGGCUCGACGUCUGCAAUCUAAAAUGAUGACAAAUUUGGCAAUGGCCAAGGAUCGCUUGCAGCUUUUAGAGAAGCUGCAGGCAGUUUUGCAAAUUUCCAAGCCGCAAAUGGAGGUCUAUAAUGACAGUACUAACCUGGCAUGCCGCAAUGGACAUCUCCAGUCAGAAAGUGGAGCGGUUCCAAAAAAGAAGGAUCCCUUAACACACACGAGCAAUUCCCUCCCUCGUUCAAAAACUGUUGCAAAAACUGGAUCCACAGGACUUUCAGGCCACCACAGAACUCCUAGCUACAGUGGGAUAUCAACUUCUGUGUCUAGACCAGCACCUAAUCCUGUAGCUUCAACUCAUAAGGCUGCUCCUAAAAAUAGCAGAACAACUAAGCCUUCUACUCCUACCCCUGCUCCUCGUAAAAAGAAAGAUUUGAAGACAUUUAGAAAUGUGGACAGUAAUCUUGCUAACCUUAUCCUGAAUGAAAUUGUUGAUAGUGGGCCAGCUGUCAAAUUUGAUGAUAUCGCAGGGCAGGAAUUGGCUAAACAAGCUUUGCAAGAAAUUGUUAUCCUUCCUUCCCUUAGACCUGAGUUAUUUACAGGACUUAGAGCUCCUGCACGUGGUUUAUUGCUGUUUGGCCCCCCAGGAAAUGGGAAGACGAUGUUGGCCAAAGCUGUUGCAGCAGAAUCAAAUGCUACUUUUUUUAAUAUAAGUGCAGCUAGCCUAACUUCAAAAUAUGUGGGUGAAGGGGAGAAACUGGUGCGUGCUUUAUUUGCAGUAGCCAGAGAACUUCAGCCUUCUAUAAUUUUUAUUGAUGAAGUUGAUAGCCUUUUGUGUGAAAGGCGAGAAGGUGAACAUGAUGCUAGUAGACGUCUUAAAACUGAAUUUUUAAUAGAAUUUGAUGGUGUGCAGUCUUCUGGAGAGGACAGAAUACUUGUGAUGGGAGCAACAAACAGACCACAGGAGCUUGAUGAUGCUGUUCUCAGACGCUUCACCAAACGGGUAUAUGUGUCUUUACCAAAUGAGGAAACAAGAUUAAUUUUGUUAAAAAAUCUUCUAAGCAAGCAAGGAAGUCCACUGACCCAAAAAGAGUUGGCACAACUAGCUAGAAUGACAGAUGGAUAUUCCGGAAGUGAUUUAACUGCAUUAGCAAAGGAUGCAGCGCUGGGCCCUAUUCGAGAAUUAAAGCCAGAACAGGUGAAGAACAUGUCUGCCAGUGAGAUGAGAAAUAUCAAAUUGUCAGAUUUCACUGAGUCUUUGAAGAAGAUAAAGCGCAGUUUGAGCCCUCAGACCCUGGAAGCAUAUAUUCGCUGGAACAAGGACUUUGGAGAUACUACAGUGUGAAACACUACUUGAAGUGCUAUCAAGUGCUGCCUAAGGAGCAAUUGGUACAGGCUACUGGAAAGCAGCCAGAGUUUACAGGACUUCACAGAUUUUUAAGUAUCUGUGUUAAAACGUGAGAUUAAGAAAAAAAUAUACAAUGUGAAAUGUGUUCAUCAAAGUCUCUCCUUGCCAUUUAGUGAGGAUUUACACACUGUAAGUAAGAGCACAAUAGGACUUGAGAUAAGAUUCCUAGCAAUCCAAUUAUGGUUUGAACAAUAAUAUAUGUACUUCGUUUCGGCUAGAGGGCUCUGAUGAUAUUGAUCAUUGGAAGACCUUUUCUUUAUGUUGUGUGUGUUUCUUUGUUUUUAAUUUUGCUAUGACAUUGAUGUCUGGUUAUCUUCCUGGUAACUACUAAAUUACAAUUGGAGGUUUGUAAACUUUGGUUCAGUUUUUGACUUUUUUAUCCUUAAUGUGCCAAAUAAACCGAUUUCCCGAUGCAGAGAGGAAGAACAGCAUUGGGGGAUUACAAUUAUUAAAAUGUAAAAAGCAGCUGGUCUGUUAUUAUUUGUCUUUUUGUUCAGUUGUAAUGUGACUGUACUGUUCACAGAACAGUUUUAAAGAAGAUCAUUGAUAGCAGAACAGCAAAAAAAAAAAAAAUCCCAACCCCCUAUAAACCAAUUCCAACUGUUUUUAAAAAAUAAAUUACUAAAUAAAAGAAAUUGACUAGGACAUUCAUUUACUGGCAGUAUUUUCUCUUAAUGCAUUUUGUAAUGUUUCCAUUGGUAGAAUGUUAGCUUACGCAUAUGGUGUGCAACUUGGAGCCCAGCUGAUGUUAGAAGGAGUAAGUGAUGCUACUUGUGCAGUUUAAGAAACUACAUGUUCCUACUCUGUAUUUUGCUCUGUUUAUGAUAAUUGAAAGUAAAAUUUCCAUUGUGAUAAUUUUUUUUAAUCUACACACGUAAGCAUUAAAAUACGAGGCUACAUGUUUAAUAUAUGGCACACAUUAAUGUUUUAUAGCUUUCAUAUGUUUUGGUUUAUAUAUUAAAGUAUGAAACACUCAACUGAUCUGCCUUUUUAAAAAGAAACUGCAUCUUUGUACAGUACUUCUUUUUACUAUAUAAAUGACAAGCUAUUAAAAACCCUUAAGUGAUAGCCUUUAAAUGCUGUAAUAAAGGAAAACAUCUUUGCCUUUACUUCUAAAGGCCUGACAUCUUGUUUACAAAUUCUACAUGGAUCAAACACAGAUGUUUGCAAGGCAGAACACUAGUUCCUUGUUAAAGCAUGUCUGUGGGGUUUUUUUGUUUGUUUUUUUAAAGGCAAUGCUCCUGACUUGGUGGUAUUACAAAAAUGUAUAUUGUUUACAGUUUUUUUAACUAAACUGAGUUAUAAACUUUGUUUGCUUUUAGUCUUAACAUAAGAUUUUGUUCUUAAUUUUUCUUCUAACUUAUUUUUUAUUGGUAGGAGUAAGUCAAAGAUUUCUGGGACUACUCACCUGAAUGCUGACUCUAAAUAAUAUAUUAUAUAUAUAUUUAAAAAAGCCCUAGCUGAUAGAUGUAUUAUAAGUACAGUGAUACCCAGAGAGGACUCUAUGCUGUCUGUGUAGUAUUGGGUACUAAGUAGCAGAAACUGUGUCGAACUUGAGACACACAGAUGCAAUAUGUUUGGGAUUGUUUUUUUGAACCAGAGAUGCUUUAACUUAUCAUAAAAUUAAAAGCAGUUAAAUAAGAUUGUGUUACACUAGUAUGCCUUUUGAAAUAGUCAAACCAAACCACAUUUAGCUUUCUAAGGGUAUGACUCUUAAAUGCCUGAUGUAAAUGAAAAAUGUGACUUCUGCUCCCAUGAAUCACUUUCCUGGAGAAGGGAGAGAUGCUAAAAUAUUUCAGUUCCUUAGAUCUCAUGUAUUGCUUGCUUUCCCUUAGUUCAGUUCCCUGCCUUCAGUAGACCUCUGUUGUUAAAGUUUCCUGUCUGACUUGAUCUGUAUUUGUCAUAGACUUCUUAGUGCCAAGCGUGAACAUUACUGUUUUAUUUCAAAUACAUGCUACCUGAAACGUAGAGGUAGAAGUUCCCAUCUGCUAAUACACCACCAGUAUGCAGCACAAAGGGUCAGAAGGCUGAGCUGCUACUUCAGAAAGAAAAGGGACUAACCCUUUCACUUGUUUGUACAACCAGUUCAAGUCGAGAGUUUCUGUGUGACUGGCACCACUGCUUUUUGGUUAUCUAUUCUGCCCUGAUUGUUCUCUGGAUAAUGGAUGAGCUACAGCUCUAUAAAUGACUUCCUAGAACACACCAGUAAGAACUUAGUCUUGUUUUGCAGCAUCAGCCUGCCCAACAGCUGCUGGAUUUUUAGCCUAUGACAAAGUGCUGUUUGGUUCAUAAAUCUCCCUAGAAUGUCUUACACUAUUUUCUGCAUAGUGUUUUUUGAACCUAAUUCUGGUCCUCUUAAGGCAUUAUCUCACAUCUUCUGGUUUCUUGUUUUAUAGGUACAGAGUGUGUUCCAGCUCAGUUAUUUCAUCUGUGUGUUUGAUUAAUUGUGUAUAAAAGCACAUCUGGGAAAAACAGCAAACCAAAAGCAAGCCAGCACCCCCCAGUAAAAACCCCCAAAUACCUGUAUUUUCCAAAUCAAUGGUAUUUUGUAUAGAGCUUAGCAACUGUAUUUGCCAUAAAAUCAGAUUAUAUUCUAAUACAGUAUCUUGAAUUGGGAUAGGAUAAGCAGGACAGCAGCUUGGAUGCUUUUAACCUUUGCAAAGAUUCGUGUUACAUUAGCUCUCUAAACUGCCUUUUUUUUUUUUUUUAAUGAAUUUGCCCACUGCUAGUGAAUGAGUGAUUUGACCCACUUUUUUGAGAUUAUUAGGAAGCAGCAUAUCUGGCCCUCUGCAAGUGUGUUUUACUGACUUAAAGUGUAGCAGUUGCUGGAGGGAGAAAAAAAACACCCAAGCCCUCUGUUCUUCUGACAACCUUAUUACAUUUUUGCUCCUUUUUGUUAAGCAGGAAACACACCUUUUAUCUUUCUACAUGUUGGAAGAACAAUGUCUUCUCAGGCAGGGGAUUGCUGCUUUUGAAUGGGGGGGAGGGGUGAGAAAGUCAAGCACUGCUUGAUGCUCUUUCUCCUUAAAAUGAGACCGUCAUGUGUUAAUGAUGUUCCCUUUACUAAUGUUGACUUUUCUGUACAGUACACAGAACCUGUACAUGUUCUCUCCUUGUGGCUAAGACAAAAACAACACAAUAUUAAAGAUAAGCCUUAAACUAGGAUAUUUAUGCACAUAUAAGUCUCCCUGUCCUGAUAGUUUCUUAGACUUUACAGAGUUCACUGUAUUAGAAACAGGCAUUCUGCCCCUGAGAUGUCUUACCCUUCUUCAGAAAGUCAGUCACUAGAACAGUUUUGUUGAAUGUGGCCCUGCAACUUAAUUCACGUAGAUAGUAAAUGUGAUAGUAGCAGUUUAAAAUUGAGAAUGGGAUCUCUGAGCUGAGAAGGUAUUUGUCACUACACCAAUUAGAGGCGUUGUUGAUUUAAUUGUUAGAUCUUCUCAAAUGUUUUUAAAAUGAUAGGGUUUAUUUUUUAGCUUGGACAAUUAACCUUACCUUCUGGUGUAGAACAGUAUUUUUUCUAUUCUAAACAAGUGCUUUUUAGUAGUGGUUGGCACUGCUGCCAAGUCCAUCUUGCGAAAUAUAAGGACUUUGCACUUCGAAAAUGCUGGCAAAUUCAACAGACGUGUGUUCUGCAAGUGGUAUAGAAAGCAGCAUUCUCCCUAGAGCUUCCUUAACCACCUGUGGGGAAUGUUUGUGCCCUGGAUUCUUACAGUGUUUUCCUGCCAAAACAUGGGUAAUGCACGGUUGUGCCUAAGACACUACUACAUAGCUGUUCAGGUGCUUGCUUUAGUGAUGCUUCUGUGUGUGGCAGCUUCAGGAGGUGACAAGUGCUGUUGUAGGUUUCAGAUCUUCACUCAUUGUCUGUGGUGGUCUCAAGCUUUCAUAAUGUUUUUGGUGGUGGGGACUUAUACCAGAUACCAAAAAAGGAAUGAAAAGUAGCAAGCAGGUAGAGAAUGCAAGUAGUUCUCUCAGUCAUUGUCCUAAUAAGAGGCAGUUGCUAAUUCUGUUGUUGGUUCUCUUGAGCUGCUAUUUAGGGUUGAAGGAUGAUGCUUUACUCACCUAUGUGAAUUUUCAUGCUUAGGGUGAUCUGCUGGUCAUCCUAAGAGAUGACUAAUUGAUCAGUUACUUCCUUUUAGAAAUUUUUCUUUAAAUAUUCUUUUAAUAUUUUUUUUUUUAAAUUGUAACUAUAGUUCCACAGGAUGAGGGAAGCUCAGCUGCCACUUCUGCAAAUACAAAAUCAUCUUCUGAAGUAUGGGGAAAUGUGUAUUGUGGUUUUCCUGCUUCUCAUGUAAAUAAUUAACUGUCUUAGCGUGGAAACUGUUUACUUUGUCAAUAACUACCUCCUGAGUUUGGCAAUAAUUGGCAAGGUAUACACUCCUUCAGUGGAUUAAAUGUAAUGGCUGAACACUGUGGGUUCUUCAGAGUUUGAUCUUUUGAUUUGCAAGUUCUUGACAUGAUGUCUGGAAACAAUGGUGAUCAACCUUGGUUUGGUGUCGGACUUUCCUUGCUCUCACAAGACGGAAUUAAAACCCUAUUUCAGAGACAUGGCUUUGAGAAUAAAGGUUAUUAACGUUCUUUGUAGUUGGUUAAUAAAGGUGUAUUUUAAGGUGCUAGGGGUGUAGCCUCUUGGUCCUGCAGGUUUUAUACCAUUAGAAGCAGGGAAGAAAGUACUUUAUCUAAUACCCACACACCUAUCAAAGGGACUGGAAAUACAGAAACUGUUUUUGCCACAUGAUUCAAAUCUGUAUUCAUGUGAAGGGCUAGUCAGUAUUUUUCAGAAAUACAGAUUAAAGUGACAAAAACCAAAGGUGGAGACAAAACACUAAACCUCACCCCUGUUAAAUACAUGGGACAAUUCCAGUCUGGGAUGGGGUUAGUUCUUUUAUCUUCUUGGUUUGAAGCAUUUUUGUUUCAUUGUUCUUUUAAGAAUGUUUUCUGAAAUGUUAAACACAAUGAUUACAUUUAAGCAAUGUAAAAAAGCAUGACGAGCAGUCACAUAGCUUUAGCUUCUCAAUAAAAUGUUGAAUUUGUCCUGUU